GGGCAGUAGGGCGCGGAGGAAAGAGAGCCGGGCGCUUGUUCUGGGCUGUGGGGAGGCGGUGGCGGAGAAGGAGGAGGAGAAGGAGGAGGAGCUGGGUCAGCAGGAGGCAGCGGCGGCGUCCGCGCUGGGGUGAUGGUGCAGGUGCUUGGGGACGGUGCGGAGCUGCCUGGCUGAGGGGCGCCUGGUCCGGGGUCCGCAGCGCCGCCGCGUCUCUCCCGGGGGCGGGCGGGCGGGAAGAUGCUGAGCAGGUUGAUGAGCGGCAGCAGCAGGAGCCUGGAGCGCGAGUACAGCUGCACCGUGCGGCUGCUGGACGACAGCGAGUACACCUGCACCAUCCAGAGAGAUGCCAAAGGCCAAUACCUGUUUGACCUUCUUUGCCACCACCUGAAUCUGCUUGAGAAAGACUAUUUUGGGAUCCGCUUUGUGGACCCUGAUAAGCAGCGGCAUUGGUUGGAGUUUACAAAGUCUGUGGGGAAGCAGUUGAGAUCCCAGCCUCCAUUCACCAUGUGUUUCCGCGUGAAGUUUUACCCUGCAGACCCUGCUGCCCUGAAAGAAGAAAUAACCAGGUAUUUAGUCUUCCUGCAGAUCAAAAGGGAUCUGUACCACGGCCGCCUCCUCUGUAAAACAUCAGAUGCUGCCUUGUUAGCAGCUUAUAUCCUUCAAGCGGAGAUUGGGGAUUAUGACCCAGGAAAACACCCUGAAGGCUACAGCUCCAAGUUCCAGUUUUUCCCUAAACAUUCAGAGAAGCUGGAAAGGAAGAUUGCUGAGAUUCACAAAACAGAACUCAGUGGCCAAACACCAGCAACAUCAGAGCUGAACUUUUUAAGAAAAGCGCAGACGUUGGAGACAUACGGAGUGGACCCUCACCCGUGUAAGGACGUGUCAGGAAAUGCUGCAUUUCUGGCCUUCACUCCUUUUGGGUUUGUUGUUCUGCAAGGAAACAAGAGGGUCCACUUCAUUAAAUGGAAUGAGGUGACCAAGCUGAAAUUUGAAGGAAAGACUUUUUAUUUGUACGUAAGUCAGAAAGAGGAAAAGAAAAUUAUUCUCACAUAUUUUGCUCCAACUCCAGAAGCCUGCAAGCACCUCUGGAAAUGUGGGAUAGAGAACCAAGCCUUCUACAAGCUGGAGAAGUCAAGCCAAGUCCGCACAGUGUCCAGCAGCAAUUUAUUCUUCAAAGGGAGCCGGUUCCGAUACAGUGGCCGAGUUGCAAAGGAAGUAAUGGAGUCCAGUGCCAAGAUCAAACGGGAGCCACCAGAAAUACACAGAGCAGGGAUGGUCCCCAGCCGCAGCUGUCCCUCCAUAACCCAUGGCCCAAGGCUGAGCAGCGUCCCCAGGACCCGGAGAAGAGCUGUUCACAUCUCCAUCAUGGAAGGCCUCGAGUCCCUACGGGACAGUGCCCACUCCACCCCGGUACGUUCCUCCUCCCACGGGGACACUUUCCUGCCUCACGUGAGAAGCAGCCGGGCAGACAGCAAUGAGCGAGUCGCCGUGAUCGCGGAUGAGGCCUACAGCCCUGCAGACAGCGUGCUGCCCACCCCUGUGGCCGAGCACAGCCUGGAGCUGAUGCUGCUUUCCCGGCAGAUCAAUGGGGCCACCUGCAGCAUUGAGGAGGAGAAGGAGUGUGAGGCCAGCACCCCAACUGCUGCAGAGAUGGAGGCCCUUGGGGGAGAGCUGAGGGCCCUGUGUCAGGGGCACGGCAGGCCAGAGGAGGAACAGGUGAAUAAGUUUGUUUUAAGUGUCCUCCGUUUGCUCCUUGUGACCAUGGGACUCCUCUUUGUUUUGCUCCUCCUCCUGAUCAUCCUCACUGAGUCCGACCUUGACAUUGCCUUUUUCCGCGAUAUCCGCCAGACCCCCGAGUUUGAACAAUUCCACUAUCAAUACUUUUGUCCCCUCAGGCGAUGGUUUGCCUGCAAAAUCCGCUCAGUGGUGAGCCUGCUCACUGACACCUGAGAAGGCAUGAAUCCUCCCAAUAACUAGCCAGGUGGACCAAGGAGCCCGGCUACCCAUUCCCAGCAAUGGGACCCAUCGCGGAACCAUCGGCACAUGUACCAAGUCCUCCUCUCAUGACUCAAAGUCCACAGCCUAGGAGGGUCGUUUCCCAGAAGAAGAAAGGGAUAGGCUCAUGCCUUGGCUAACUGGGAAAACUCAUUUCCUUCAGAGGUUCUUUCAAGAAAGGCUCGGCGACUCUGUUUCUCAUCCUCCCAAUUUGCAGGAUAAAAUUUUUGGUUUUGAAUUUUGAUUUUUCAUAGAUGUGUAUUAUUUUGAAAAUAUCAAAAAUAAUUUAUUUUAUUAUUA